AAGCCGAUCAACCCACUCUGCGAAUCUGCUGAAGCGACCACGUCCGAAUUUAAAAUAAUACUAUGGCGGACUCGACACAACAACCUGAUUACUAUCUACACCUCGAUCUAGCCGGAGCCGAGAUGGAGCCGCAGCCUCAUACUGACGGCGGGGAAACCUUUCUAGACUUUUCAGAAUCAGGACAUGAAAACUCACAUCAAGACAUUUCUGAUCAGGAUACCAGCCAGUGGCAAAGUGAGGAAGUCAAAGACACAAUGAGUGCCACGAUAUCGGUGGACAGCACUGCUCUCGACAACAACAGCACACCCGUGAGUUUCAAUAACUUGAUAGAAGCUCAGGUCUCGAUAGACACAGGUGCAGUGCAUUGGAACGGAGCCCAUCAGGCGUACGGGUCGCUUAUGGAUAUGGAACUUGGCAAGAUUUCGCCACAGGAGCAGAUCACUGGUUGCAUCACACCAGACCUCAUUUUCCCAGCCGGUAGCCUCUCAAGCGCCGCACCGCCUACUGAGGACAUUGGAGCUAAGCAAGGAAGUGACAUUUCCGAGGCAACAUCGCUUCCGAAUAUUCCCUCACCCGCCAUCACCAUCCCUUCGACUUUAGAAAAGUCGGCAUCACCGGUGAUUCCACAAGCAGCAGCAGCGCUAGUAGCUGUUACUCCACCCAAGGAUAUCAGAAGGAGCACUAGAGCUAGGCGGCAGUCCAGUUUAGCAGCACAGAGCGAGGAGUAUCUUCAGAACGCACAAGGAGUGUCGAUAGUUGUUCCGUCGGCACCAGCAGAGCGGGUUACUCGAUCUAAGAAAGUUUAUUGCUAUUGUCAGAAACCAGAUGAUGGCGAGGUCAUGAUCCAAUGCGAUAACUGCCGGCAGUGGUUCCAUGGCGCUUGUGUUGAUGUUACUGAUGAGAUCGCUGAGUUGAUGGAGCUGAAGAACGAAAAGUUUUUUUGUGAUCCUUGUACAGAAAAGUUGAAAGGUAAGGAAUUGUGGUCGAUCAAUGCUUUGAGGUCCGAUGUGUGCCCAAGUUCUUUAUUUGGAUCCGUAUGUCAUUUCUUGGUUACAUAAAGAAUUAUACGCUGCGAAACCAAAUCAAACACUGGAACGAUGUGUCUCCCAUAUCAUUUGAAUCGUCCUCGGGAUUUCAAUCCGUUAUCUCUUGUCAACCUGCUUUACUGGCGGCAUCAUUUGGUCCAAUGCUUGAAACGUGUACGCGUGCUUGGUGCAUAUAUUUGUAGCUUGCUCCGCUGAGUCUUUUUUGAUCUGCGUGGUCUACUGAAGCACGCAUCGCAU